AAUCGGAGUGUCCCACAUGUCAGCUGAGAUGAUGAAUGCGCUGCAGUGACAGACGACAAAUGUAAACAAGUGCUACUGCCGGUGAUGGCUGGGUAAGGCACCAUGGUAUGUGGUGGCUGGUGCUGCACCUGGGAUGGGGACCACCACAGGCUGCAGGAAAAAAAUGGCACAGACAAGGGUGCUCCUUCCUCUAAAGCUGGACAAUAUUCUCCAAAGUCAUGGGAUCAAGACAUUCCUGCACCAGAGCUCCCAUAUCCUGCUGCAGCCAUCCUGGUGGGCAUUUGUGCUUGUAUCUGUUUUGUGAAUUCCUUGUCUGGAGAAUUUGUUUUUGAUGAUUCAGAAGCCAUUGUCAAUAACAAUGACAUACGAGGGGAGACUCCUCUUGGCAAUCUAUUUCACAAUGACUUUUGGGGAACACGGCUCACUCAUCCAUCAAGUCACAAGUCCUACAGGCCUCUGACGGUGCUGUCAUUCAGAUUAAACUACUCCUGGGGUGCACUGGAGCCAUUUAGUUAUCAUGCAGUCAAUGUGGUGCUACACUGUCUUGUGAGCAUUAUGAGUCUCCGAGUCUUCUACAUGGUGUUUGGCAAUGGGGCUCCUCGAGCUGCUCUCCUCUCUGCCAUCCUCUUUGCUACACAUCCAGUACACACCGAGGCUGUAUCAGGGAUUGUGGGUAGAGCUGACCUUCUUUGUGCACUCUUUGUAUUUGUGGCUCUUUUGAGCUAUGUCAGAGCUGUGAAAGGAAUGCCCGAUGACUUCUCCAACAAGGGACAGAGCUAUUAUCGCAACACAGGUAGAUGUGGACAUAGUGUGCUCUACCUUCUGAUGACUGCUGCCUCUACUGCCACUGCCAUGCUCUGUAAGGAGGUUGGCAUUACUGCAUUGGGAGUGUGCAGUGCCUAUGAUGUUUUAUUAGCUCAUGGAGGUUUGAUAGGUCGCACUAUUAUAUUGCUGGUCAUCGGCCACAACCAACGAGCAGUAACUCUCUGGAGAAAUCUUCCGGACGGUGUGGUUCGUGGCUUGAUCUGGCGCCAUGUGAUAUUAGCAGUAACAGGGAUAGCUCUUCUGGUGGCUCGUUGGGUUGUCAUGGGCUCUACUGUGCCAAGGUUCAUGAAAGUGGACAAUCCUGCUUCAUUUCUAGAUAGUAUUUUCUUUAGGGGUUUGAAUUAUCAGUAUACAUACAGCAUGAACGCUCUUCUUCUGGUUCUACCAAUUUGGCUGUGUUUUGACUGGUCUAUGGGCUGUGUGCCAGUCAUUGUAAACUUCAGCGACCCAAGACUGCUGACUCUCCCAGUUCUGUGGGUUUCAUUCAUAAUGUUGCUGAGGCGGGGAAUGGCCCAAGGCAGAGGGAGUCAGACCUCUAGAUGUGUGCUAAUGGGGUUGGCCAUGGGCAUAGUGCCAUUCUUACCAGCCACAAACCUCUUCUUUCGGGUAGGAUUUGUGAUAGCUGAGCGCGUGCUGUACCUGCCUGCUGCUGGCUUCUGUAUUCUUGUGGUGACGGGUAUGAGGGAACUUGGUGUAGCUGGCCAGGUGAAUAAGAGAGUGCUUCAGGUGGGAUAUAUGUUCCUGGUGGUGGUGUUUGUAUUGCGCUGCCAGCAAAGAAGUCGUGACUGGCUCACUGAGAAACAACUGUUUAGCUCCGGUCUUGAUGUUUGUCCACUAAAUGCUAAGGUUCAUUACAACAUGGGUAAAGUUGCUGCCGAUACUGGCGAUGUAGUGGAAGCUGUGAGGAGAUACCGGGAGGCUCUACGACUAAAUCCAGACUACGACCAGGCCAUGAACAACCUUGCUAACAUUCUCAAGGAUCAAGGGCAUCUUGACGAGGCAUUACAUCUACUUCAACAAGCCACCACAUUAAGACCAGACUUUGCUGCAGCUUGGAUGAACUUAGGCAUUGUUCAAGCAUCUUUGGGUGACCAUGGAUCAGCUGAGAAUAGUUACCUCACUGCUCUCACUCAUAGAUCAGUGUAUCCAGACUGCCUCUACAAUUUGGGCAACCUUUAUUUGGAAAAGGGUGACCACAAUGCUGCUCUAGCCACCUGGACCAAUGCCACCUCCCUCAAGCCCUCUCUAGCUGUGGCCUGGACUAACAUGCUCAUCCUCCUGGACUCACAAGGACUUUAUCAACCAGCCAUUGAAGUUGCAGAUAAAGCAUUAAGACACCUUCCAAAUGAACCAGCUCUACACUUCAACCUGGCCAACACCCUCGGUAAGCUGAGUAGAUAUGAGGAAUCUGAAUCUCAUUUUCUUCAGGCCACAAACCUUGAUCCAAGCAACGCCAACUACUGGGCUAAUCUUGGUGUUCUGUAUCACCGUUGGCGUAAGUAUGAACAGGCAGAAAAGUCUUACAUCCAUGCUUUGAGACUUAACCCGACAUUGAAAAGUGCUCAAGAUAAUUUGAGUAUGCUUCUCAAAGCCACAGGGAAAAUAUCUAGAUAACAGAAGAUGAAUGAGAGUGUUGAGUAAAUAACAGACAUGGACAAGUACCCGGUAAUAUGGUAAGAUGGUGUCAUUCUAUUGAUAAGGCUACAGCUUUGCAAACCUGUUGUACUGUAAUAAUGUUAGCAUAUCUCAUACUGCAGUAAUGGGUUAAGUUUCUCUGGCAGCUUCAUGUUGAGGUUAAUCACCUUGGGUUUGGUUACCCUCUUUUUUUACACUGUACUUCUUUCUAGUGUUGCUUUUGCUGUUAAUAAUAGUUAUUACCUUUGACCCAUCUGCUUAUUGUGAUCUGUCAUCAUUACAUUAUUCUCUGAGUGACUCUACUGUAACAUAUUUAACUUCUGGUUUUUUUCACCUAGUAUUAAACUGAGAUUAGCUGAAACUGAGAGACUGAGUUGUGUUUUUUUUGUAACCAAUGCCAAAUGAGGGUCAUGGAGUGCUUAGCUAGGCUUCUAACAAGCAGCCGAUGUUUGUAAGAGCCUUUUUUAAGGACUAUUGUGGUAAUGGGAAGAUUUUGAACUUAUCACUCAAGUAGUUUCAACCACUUAUGUUGUUACUUUGGUAUUCAUACUGUAAAAUUUAGCUGGUCAUCUGUGAGUUAUUCAGUCCAGGCUCAGUUAUAAGGAAAGAGUUUCAUGAUCAACCCCUCAUUUUAGUCCUAUUAGUCAAUUGAGUUGCAGUAUAGCAGGUUUGCAGUGUUAAAAACAAUGAAUGGAUUUUUGUGAGUGAAGUAAGAUACUUAAUAUUACCAGUUUGCAAUUUUGAAUUCUCAGAGAUAAAAUGAAUCUUAUUUUAUUAACUUUGUACUUAGAUAUCUCAGACAUUUUGAGUAUUUUAAGAACGAAGGUACAGUAGUGUUACAGUAUAUUGUGCCACGCUAGGUUUGCAUUUUUCUUAGUAAUAUAACACAGAUCUUAGUCACAAGGACAAUUUUACUAGAAAUUAAUAUUUUAGAUGCAAGCAAAGUUAGCAGUUAUUGUCACAAAAUAUACUUGGCAAAAAUGUAAUCAAUGCAGUGAAAGUGUAAUUUUAUGUAAACUUGUCUUGACAACAAGAAUGACAUUUCAGGCUACGACUCUUAAGCCUGCCUGUUCUUGAAAUAUUGACUACUUACUGGGGGUCCUUGUCUUCAAACAAACCCUUAUUAUGUCAGCCUGGGUUAAUACCAUCACUUCCUUUUCCAUCCUAAUGUUGGUCUCAAAUGAUUUAUUUAGCAGAGGCAAAAUGCAAGUAAUUUAAAUGCAUCAGGAAUUCCAUUGGAUUUUAUGUAGGAAAUCUGUUAAAACCAGAAGGGAUUAUCUAGCUUCUAAACAUUUACCUGUUCAUGUCUAUCUUAUGCAUCCCACCUGGAGUGAGUCCUGGCCCUUACAAUUAACAAGCUACAAAAUAUGUGUCCUGGGUGAUAGUGUUUAUGACAAUUAGUUCACAAAUGCUAGACUUAAAGCAAUUUACUUUAAGCACCUUAACCUGGACUCAGCAGGUGUUGGUAACAUGCAGGGUAUAUCAACAAAGUUUUUAAAUUGAGAUAAGUAGGAACUAAAAUUCGUCUGAUUCUGUAUAUCAUUGAGAACUGUGAUAGGUUUAGCCAGCAGAUCAUUGACAUGUCUAGAUGGUCUUACACUGAGGUUUCGUAGAAUAUUGUACAUAUAAGCAAAACAAAGAGGAGCUGAUCUUCAGCCAAGGAUAUGGAGGACUGGCCUGGAAUUAAAAAUGGGAGACAGAGACUUAAGUGUGUUGAGUGGUGAUAUAGCUUACACAACUCUAUUAAGACUUUCAACCUCUAGGGUAAACUGUUGCACCAUAUACUACUCAUUCAAAGUUGAUAGUGUGAUGGCAAAGAAGGAUGAUCAGUACUGUAUAUCCAAAAUUGAUUUAACAAAUCGAUGUUAGUGGACUCUGAAGACAUUGAACCAUCCGGUAGGCAACCCAUAAUGAGACAACUAACAUGAGCUUGGCCUCUAAAAGGUGCUUCAAGAACAAUCCUCUCCAGUUUGCAGUGCUGCUUAAGCCUGGGAGUUUUUUUUUUGUUUUUUUUUUGUUCCAAAAAUAUCUUUACAAUUUUGUAUUAGACAAUAUGAUACAAAGAAUGAAGGAUUUUGACAACCCUACCUAGAGAACAGGAGUUGCAGUGUUCAUUUUGAAAUUAAUUGUAGUGUACCUCUCCGUAAAGAUACUUUUGGAGUGUGUGUACGUGGAAUAUAUGAAAACUUGAGACUGAAAAGGUGUGACGGUGGAGCAUUAAGGGCAAACUAGACAAACAGACCUGAAUCUCUAAAAAAAGGAUGUAAGUGUUCAAGCCAUGGUCUUUUUUUCACUCACAUCAUCUAAGGAAGAAAUUUUGAAGAUAAAACAAGGAUGGAUUGAAGUUGUAAGAAUAAGCAUGGUCAUUAGAUGCUGUUGAUUGGGUAUUAUGUCAAUGCUAAUUUUUGCCAUGUAUCACUACUAGGUUUUGUGUUUAUUGUACUUACUCUCAAGAAUAACUGAAUGCUCAUAAUUAGUACACAAUCAUUGGAUUCUCACACAAUUUAAAAUUUAUACUUGCUUCCGAAUUACUGUAUUUUUUUUUAAUGUGUUGAGUAACCUGUCUUAAGUUAUCCUCAGGUAUCUAUGAAAUAUUUGUAGUUAUUGUUGAAAAUUGAAGAUCAAACUAUGUAUCAGUUGACUUGAUAUUUUAUUUAUGAAAUCAUAUACUGUACAGUACUAUUACAGUAUUUAAAGAAAUACCUUGAUUUAGUUUUCUCUUUAAUUGAGGUUCACUCAAAUCAGGUUACUUUGAAUCAUAAAUAAUUUCAUGGUAGUUGCUUGAUAAUAUUUUAUAGCUAUUAAGAUUACUGUAUGUAUUUGAAAAUAGGUGCCAAUUUUAGGUUAAACUAACAUACGUGUAUGUGAAAGUGGGUGCCAAUUCUUAGGUUAAGUCCGAGUGCCAAAGUAGUGAUGGUACAGGUACUCCCAUGAACAUGGAUGUGGCACACUCAACAUAGUAUGGUGUCUGACAAAUAAUACAAUGGUUUUAAUUUGUAAACUUAAUUUCUUAAACUUAAAGUAAUUAGAGUUUUAUAUGAACUGAAUCUCAGGACAUCAAACUUUGAUAGAUGUAAAACAGACAUGUUCAUGAUGGUACAUCCAAAGCAGACCCAGUGUUUCUUUAUUUAGUCAUUAUGGUUAUAAUAUGUUAUACAAAAAUGUCAUAUGAUAUGGAGUCAUUGUUUUACAAAUGCUUUUGCUCUAGUCUUAAAUGUCUUUUAGGCAUCUGGAAAUAGUGAUGAAAAUGGUAUACACCAUCUGAUAAAUGACAUUUAUCAAAUGAUUUGAAGCUGAUAACAAAUGAGAUAAAAUACAGAUGCUUGUCUUGUACAAAACUGUCAGUUUUGUACAUACAGUAUGAAGAAAACAAACAAAAGAUUCAUUGUUAUUUCAUAAAUCUUAGUUAUGUUUAUGAUGUAAUACAGUACAUCAAAUUUUCAUGUUUUAAGAAAUUAAAGAUUUUUUUUCUUUGGGGUUGGCAUCACUGUGGACUUUGGUUUCAUGAAACACAAGCCUCUUGAUUUAGAUUUAAAUCUUAAAGGAUAAACUUCUCAAAAAAUGAUUUUGUUUACAUCUUUACUGUUGUGCACUGUAAUGUGUGUGAUAAGUAAAGAGUAGUAUAUAUGGGGCUAGAGGCAAUCAUAAUAUAAUUUUAGAAACUGACUGCUUUUUAGUAGUAGCUUCUCCAAAAGCUACAAGUCAGUAUCUUUGCAAUACAUUUAUAAAUACUGUACUUAGUAUAUAAUACUGCUUGCUGAUAAUUCCCUAGGCCAAACCGGUACUUUUCUCAACCCGCCUGUGCACUUGCGUAAGAAAUUUUCUGUUGAAUAUAUAAUUACUUCGAGGAUCUAAAUGUUAAGCUUAUGUCAUUUCUCAGAAGUUGAUGAAGAUUUACCAGAUUAAUCCUUAUUAGCAGAAACCCAGUUGUGACUUCCGCAACCUCUUUUCCUCUGCAUAUUUUCAAAAUGCUUUUUUAUGAGAUUUACUCUGUUGUAUGGAUGGCAUAGCAUAGAUUUAUGUUAAAGUAGUAAUUUAAUGAGUUGAAACUUUAAACAUAUUUAUAACCUUUUGUUUUACAUGUUGUUUUUGUUACAUUAUACAUUACUGUUGAGAAUUGCAGAUUUUUCAACAAAAAUUAGGUGAUAUGAUUUCAGUUCAGGAGAAGAAAGCUGUGCAAAAUAUGACUUAAGGUGUUAACUAAAGUAGAUCAAGUAACAAAGGAGAUACCGAAGAAAAGGACUGUAAUGUGCUUAAGUGCUCUUGUACUGAAGCAUGAGAGCAAGGAGGAGGGUAUUAUGCUAUGAUUAAGGAGCAGGUUGGACCAAAUUUCCCCGAGUCAUUCCCUGUAUAGUGUGGCAUUAUCUGUCUGUUAGGGUUUACUAUGUACCAUUCACUAGUGCUAAUGUUUAUUGAUAUUGUGUUGUUCUUUUAUGUUUUAAAGUGCAAUAGAGGAUUGUAGAAGGAAAAUUUCAAGUCCGCUUACUUCUUUUAUCUGAUUUUCUGUAAUAAUUUCCUUGGUAUUUGUUUUAUUUCUGAUCACUUUCUUUCUGUUCACUAAAUAAAGGAGUUAUUGAUAUUAACUGAACAGCUGUGAACAGGCUUUUGCAAUAAUUUUUUUUUAAACAUACAGUACAAUGGAAUAGUUUGUAAUUUUCAACAUUAUCAUAGUUUUUUAUAGUUAAUGACUCGAUGACAGUGGACUCACCCUUAUUGUUAUUUGAUAUGACAAAUUUUCUGUAGGACUUAGGUUAGCUCUAUGAUGAAAUGGCUGAGGCUUAAUGUGUAAUAUCAGCUUACAUCAUUAUCCUGUGUACUUAAAAGAAUCAUAGUAUUUGAAUAAGUUUUUUUUUUUUUUUUAGAAAAGGGUUUUCACCAAUGGUUUAUAACAUUAGGAUGACUUCUUUUCUGACUAAGUGAUGAUUAUUUUUUCUAAAUAAGUUAAAGAACUAAUAAACCCUUUCAGGUACAUUGAUAAUAAUUAUUUGUAUUUAUUUUUAAUAAAAAUGAUGUAUAAUAAUGACAGUAAAUAAAAAUUUAACAGUAAUAUUAUCAUCACCAGUUUCAGUGUUUUACGACCAUUUUCCACCCUUGUGUGGGUAAAGAGUUUGGACGUUGUGUUAUGGGGUGAAAUCAUAUAAAGUACAGUACUGAGGUGGAGUCUUUCAGCCACCAACUGUCUCCUAAAGGCAGUUCACAUGAUAAUAACUUUCCCUGUUUACUACAGAAACAGUGUAAACAGUUAAUGCCUUUCAGGAAAGUGGACUCAGUUUUCAGGUGGGGUAAUUUCCUUAUUUGAGUCACCUCAUCACUUGCCCUGUGUAGGAGCUGAUACACACACAUGAAUCACUGUAUCUGGAAGGGUUAAACCAGCCAUUAAAGUUUUCUGAUAUAAUUUUGAAUUAUUAAUUUUUUUUUAACACCUGACAAUAAUUAACAUUGAAAAAAAUAUAUACCUGUAUGUUCAGGCUAUAGGCCAAUUAUUUCCAGUAAUUUUUUUUUAUCUUUGAAGUUCAUGUGCAAUAAGUAGAUAUGACUAGUGUAAAAAAAUCAUCUCGUUGAAUACGGUAUAGGUUUUCUUAAAAGAAUAUGGAAAAAUAACAAAACACUCAAUUUCUAUUUCUGUACUGUACUUUCACUGUUGCUGUAUUGUACCUAAGAAAAUAGGUUACACAUAAGUAAAACCAUCUUAAUCUGGACUAGUUGGGAAAUUCAGUCUGUCUUAAACUAAUUUCCGGAUAAAAUUAUUUCUGGAGGGGAUAUAUUUAAUCCAGAAAAAAUCUGGAUUAACCGAGAAAAAUCCAGAUGGAAUCGAGAUUGUAAUUUGGCACACACGAAUGCUGUCACCAGUCAUGCUGCUACAGCCCUCAUGUGUGCAUCUCUCUAAUUUCUAUCAACUACUGUACUGUAUUUGUGACUUUGUGGACUACUUACUAUGGGUUCAAAAUGCAAGACAACUUCAAAAGGAAGUCAGAAAGGAGUUUAGCCUGAAGGACGAGCUAGCAGUUCUGGAAGAUCAUGAGAAAGGUGUGUCUGCAAAAGUUUUGGUGGAUAAAUAUUACAAUUACUUGAAAAAACCAACCAUCAACAGCAUCACCAACUUUGUGGUAAAUACUGUAUGUCCAGUAUGUACAAGAAUUAUAUAUAUUAUACAGUACUGUACUGUUGGUUAGUGGUUCAGGUGAUUCAAGUGUUUAUUUUUGCCACCGUGCGGGUAGAUUUAGACUAUUUCAUAUAAAUCCAGACUCAAUCUGGAUUAAUAGAAAUUAGUCUGGAUUAAGAGGGUUUUACUGUAUUGAUAUAAUCUCUACUGGUAUAAGUACUUUGUGGAAAUACAGGUCAAUAUAUAUCAUGUGUUCUUUCUUGUUUAUUGUUUUGUGAAGAAUAUAUAUAUCUAUAAUAAGUAAGUUGUGCAGCUCUUUACCUUUUACAUUUUUGAUGUUCUCACUGUUAAGUAUUGUAUUCAUAAAAUCACUUUGCUCUUUAAGUACUAAAGCUAUAGAGUACUUCACCUUCCUCUGCCAUUACAAACACACACACACACACACACAUAUUCUCUCUCACGGUACUUACUUGCACUCUUUAAAUGUUUCACACUUGUGUUUUAGAAAGUUUAUGUAUUAUUUUGUAUAUAACAAUACAAGACAUUUUGUAGAAAUGGAUAAAGAAAAGGUGGUGCUUA